AUUAAGCAUCAUUUAAAGCUCUAAGUAAGCUCUGGAUAGAGUGUAGAGGGUGCUUUGAAGACAACCAGCAGGAGCCAUGACCACCCUCUCUCCCGAAAACAGCCUCUCUGCCAGGCUGUCGGCCUCCUUCAUCCUGGUGAAGAGAAAGCCGCCCAUUGACAAGACAGAAUGGGAUGGCUUCUUUGACGAGAAUGGUCAGUUGGCCAAGUCACGAGACUUCAUUUGUGUUAACAUCCUGGAAAGGGGUCUGCACCCCUUCGUGAGGACAGAAGCCUGGAAGUUCCUCACGGGCUACUACUCAUGGCAGAGUUCCCAGGAUGAGCGGCUCACAGUGGACAGUACAAGGAGGAAAAAUUAUGAAGCUUUAUGCCAGAUGUAUGAGAAGAUUCAGCCCCUUCUGGAAAACCUGCACCGGAACUUCACAGAGACUCGGAAUAACAUCGCAUAUGACAUCCAGAAACUCUACGACAAAGAUCCCCUGGGCAACGUCCUUAUUGACAAGAAGAAGCUGGAGAAGAUCCUGCUCCUGAGCUAUGUCUGCAACACCCAGGCAGAGUACCAGCAGGGCUUCCAUGAGAUGGUGAUGCUCUUCCAGCUGAUGGUGGAACAUGACCAUGAGACCUUCUGGCUCUUCCAAUUCUUCCUGCAGAAAACGGAGCACAGCUGUGUCAUCAACAUCGGGGUUGGCAAGAACCUAGACAUGCUCAACAACCUGAUCAGCUUCCUGGACCCUGUGUUUGCUAAGCACCUAAAAGGAAAGGGUGCAGGGGCUGUGCAGUCCCUCUUCCCCUGGUUCUGCCUCUGCUUCCAGCGCGCUUUCAAGUCCUUUGAUGAUGUCUGGAGGCUCUGGGAGGUUCUGCUGACGGGGAAGCCCUGCAGAAACUUCCAGGUGCUGGUGGCCUACAGCCUGCUGCAGAUGGUGCGUGAGCAGGUCCUGAAGGAAAGCAUGGCUGGCGAUGACAUCCUCCUGGCCUGCAACAACCUGGUCGACCUUGAUGCCGACGAGCUGAUCUCUGCUGCCUGCUUGGUUUAUGCGGAGCUCAUCCAGAAGGAUGUUCCAAAGCCAUUAAAGGAUUUCUUUCUCUGAGGACACACGCAAUGGACAGAUGCCCUCAGUGGACAAGACAAAGG